AUGACUGAGCAGCCGUUCGCACUCUCCCUCUCUCUGGCGUUAUGGUCUGUGCACCCCAUCAAUGGAGGCUCCACAAAUAAAAGGCCUGUGAGCCGAGUCGACAGCAACGACUUGUCAGGAAGAGACAAGGUGAAGGAAAAGGACAUGAGCGAGUCAAACAUCAGCCACCUGCUGGCUCCGCCCUCCUCCAGCAAGGCGGAUCAAUACGUAGACCACUACGUAGAUCACUACGUAGACCAGUACGAUCUGGACUACGGCAUCCCCCCCGAUGAGAUCCCGGACACCACGCAGGGUCAGGCCUUCUUCGUGGCCACCAUCGUCAUCGGCGUGGUCUUGGUCUGCAUCAUACUGGUCUGCGGCGUGGGAAACCUCAUCUUCAUCGCCACGCUGACACGCUACAAGAAACUACGCAACCUCACCAACCUGCUCAUCGCCAACCUGGCCAUCUCGGACUUCCUGGUGGCGGUGGUGUGCUGUCCCUUCCUGGUGGACUACUACGUGGUCAAGCAGCUGUCGUGGGACCACGGCCUGGUGCUGUGCGCGUCCGUCAACUAUCUGCGCACCGCGUCGCUCUACGUGUCUACCAACGCCCUGCUGGCCAUUGCGGUGGACAGGUACAUGGCCAUCGUCCAUCCCAUGAAGCCCCGCAUGAAGUAUGAAACAGCCUACUGCCUGAUAACCGGAGUCUGGAUUAUUCCCGUCCUCAUCUCCAUUCCGUCAGCCUACUUUGCCUCUGAGACCACGUACCCCCACGGCGGGACCACCGCCAGCCCAAGCGCUCACAAAGUCUUCUGUGCUCAGAUCUGGCCGGUGGACCAACAGGCCUACUACCGCUCCUACUUUUUGUUCGUCUUUGCCGUGGAGUUUGUUGGACCGGUCGUCGUCAUGGCAAUGUGCUAUACCCAAAUCUCCCGCGAGCUCUGGUUCAAGAACGUUCCAGGUUUCCAGACGGAUCAAAUAAGGAAGCGUCUGCGCUGUCGCCGCAAAACCGUGAUGGUCCUCAUCGGGAUCCUGAUGGCCUACAUCCUGUGCUGGGCGCCCUACUACGGCUUCACCAUCCUGCGAGACUUCCAUCCCACGCUGAUCUCCCGCCAAAAGCAUUCCCUGGUGGUCUUCUACGUCAUUGAAUGCCUCGCCAUGAGCAACAGCAUGAUCAACACCUUCUGCUUCGUCAGCGUCAAGAACAACUCAGUGAAGUACCUGAAGAAGAUCGUGCUGCUGCGCUGGAGGUCCACGUACGCCCCCAGUCGGACUGCGGACGAGCUGGAUUUAAGGACGGUGUCUUUGCCGGCCACGGAGGAGAUAGAAUGCAUCCAUCUGAAGUGA